AUGGUGCACUCAAGGCCUGGGCUCGGACGGACGCGUGAGGAGUUCCCGGUUACGACGUACGCCCUGCGCCGUGAUUUCGGGGUCUUCGCACACGUACUGAAGAUGGACGUUGAAUCGGUGAGGUGCAAAUGUUGUGGCCUGAAAGAGGACUGCACUCGGGAAUACAUAGAGAACGUCAGGGGCAAUUUCGGAGGGAAAUGGCUCUGUGGCUUAUGCUCAGAAGCCGUCGGGGAUCAAAUUGGUCGUGACAGGAGCAACCAGGAUGGAAUUGAAGAGGCUAUCAAGGCUCACACGGAAUUCUGCAGGAUGCCGCUGUCAAGCCCAGCAGUCCGGGUGGCCGAUGGCAUGAAGGAGAUGCUCAGGAGGAGGUCAAGGGACAAGAUGAGGCCAGCAACACCAUCAAAGGCGCGCCCAGUCUAG